GAAGCCAAAGAAAUAGAAGAAGCCCAGGAAGCCGGUAAUGCCCGAAGAUUAUUUCAGUUGAUCUGUUCAAACAGUCCCCGUAAGCCGCCUGUGGGCGAAACCAUCAAGCAUCAGAAUGGAGCGGGCGUCUCUAAUAAAGAAGAACGCCUCGACCGAUUAGUUGAGUACUUCGAACAAUGGUUGUCGUGGCCACCAGCUGACACUAAUCUAGCGCCCACAGGUGAAGUAGAACCCUGGACGGUGAACGUAGAACCAUCUGUGGCCUUGGAGGUUUACGACUGCAUAUGUUCUCUUAAGCGCCACCGAGCUCCUGGUUCGGAUGACCUCCCACCCGCAUUGUUCAAAGAUGGGGAUGGAGUCCCAAGUCCACGCUUGUCUUAUCUGUUUGCUUGCAUUUUGGAAAAGGAGUCUGUCUCGGACAACUGGGGAGAGUUAGUGAUAGUGCUCAUUUCCAAAAAGGGGCGCGUACGAUGUCCACUCUCUCCAUUCCCUUUUAACUCCUUGAUUGAUGAAAUAGUGAGACGAACGCUGGAGGGUAACCAAAACCCUGGUGUUCAAAUAGCCUGUAAAGAAAACCUUGUCGAUCUGGAGUACGCAGACGACAUCGUUCACAUCUUCGAAGAGGAGAAGGCGCAGGUGUUUUUGGAUGAGCUGACCAAAGUCAUCUCGUCUUUUGCUACAAUACACUUCCUGUCAUUUAGCCUACAAAUGCAUCCCAAGCGCCGUGUUGUUAUCACUGGUUUGGGAGUUUGCAGUUCUAUCGGCAUUGGUAUUGAGCGAUUCUGGAACAGUCUCCUUAAACCCGUAUCGGGUAUUUCAGCUACACCAGACGAGUUUUCCUUCUUGCCUUGCCGUGUCGCAGGCAUCAUUGGCUCUGAAGAAUGUGUGUCAGCUAAAGAACAGACGCAGCAUCGUUUGGCUGUCAGUAACACGUCCAUUGAUUGGCGCUCUCUGUCUCGGGCGGCUGCUUUCGGUAUUGUGGCGGCUUGUGAGGCGCUUACUCAGGCUGGCUGGAAGCAAGAUGGAUUAAAGCAUAGCCCCAAUAACCGGUCUGGCGUACAUUUUGGUGUAGGAAUGGAGGGCAUACAAGAAAUUGUGGACACAAGCGAGGCAAUAAACUCCAAGAAAUACAAAGGCAUCGGACCACAUGCCCUUACUCGAAGUUUGGCUAAUAUGCCAGCUGGUGCGAUUAGCCGUUUGUGGCGGCUACGUGGACCUUGUAUGGCUGGCAAUACCGCAUGUGCUACCGGACUUCAUUCAAUCGGUGAUGCAUACCGUAUGAUUCAGUAUGGUGAAGCUGAUCUCAUGGUUGCAGGCGGUUGUGAGGCUACCGUCAAUCCAUGGGCGAUUGCGGCGUUCUCUCGUAUCCGUGCUCUUACUACCAGGUUCAAUGAAGCUCCAAUCGAAGCUUCUCGUCCAUUUGACGCACUUCGUGAUGGAUUCGCCAUGUCCGAAGGAGCAGCGUGCAUGGUGUUACAAGCAUGGCCUCCAACAGCUGAUACGGCUUCCCAUUUUCAACCCAACUCGCCUCCAGUAGCUGAGAUUAUCGGAUUUGGAAGAUCAGCUGACGCACACAAUUUGGUCGCACCAGACCCUAUCGGGGACGGAGCUCUAAGGAGUAUGCAAGCAGCACUUCAUGAUGCGCAACUGGAUAGUCUGGAUCAGAUUGAUCACAUCAAUUGUCAUGCAACCUCAACUCCUCUCGGUGACACAAUUGAAUUAGCCGCCAUUUGUCGUUUGUUGGCAAGUCACAAUGCUAGUCAUGAUCGGCCUAACCCGAUCAUCGUCAAUUCAAUCAAAGGUCAUACCGGACACUUACUGGGAGCAGCUGGUGCAAUCGAGUCUGUUUACACUGCACUGGCGGUAAAUCGGAACCUCGCAGUAAGCAACUGCAACCUUCACUCUCCUAUCUCGGCAUCUGAACUGGAGCGAGUCCUGUCCGCGAACUCUGACUCUGCCGACACGAAGAAGGCUUUAGAUGCCUUCGAGAAGCGUCUUCGAUUGCCAAAACAUAAGGAGCCUUCUGUUCCACUGAGCAAUUCUGGUAGCACCUGUCGCCGAGUUGCUCUAACCAAUUCUUUUGGUUUCGGCGGAACUAACGGGACUCUUGUGAUUGCCGAAUGGAAGGAAUAGGUCCCUACCAUUCCCUUUGUAUAUGGUCUUUUUAUUUUCGUUUUGCCAGUCGACUGAACACUUUUUCGGUGACCUUAUUUCCGUCUUUUAGUAGUAGGCUUUCAUCCCCAGCCUAUUCAGAAUGCGCUAGGUUCUUCAACAGAGCCAUUAUUUUGGGUCGACUUAUCACAUUUCUGUCCCUACCGAUAGUCCCAAGAUUUUGGUGGAUGUACCUGCCGUAUGUCAACUCAUGGUUUCAGCAAUUUGGCUCUGCUCAUCACCGUCAUCUAUAAAACUUG